AUGAGCUACCUUGAUUUUACCGAUGAUAUUAUUGCAAUAGACCAACUUAAUGGCAUUACUCCAACUGCUUUGCAACCAUUAGCAACGCCGUCAAGUACAUCUGCAGUUGUUCAACAACAACAAACAAAAGAUUUAUCGGAUUGGAGAAAUAUUCAACUUGGAACAACAUCAACACUUUUUGAUCCAUUUUGGUUACCACAAACACCAGUCACACCAUUAUCUAAUCCUUGGACUACGUCUAAUAAUACAGUUUAUCCAUCACCUUAUAAUCAAAUAUCAUCUUCUCAGCAUCAUUAUCAAUCGAUGAAUCCAAAUAAUAAUCAACCUUGGAAAAUGCCUACAUUUCCAAUAGAAAAAACACAAACUUUUGUCAAUUUUAAUCAUCCCAAUAUGAUGAAUAAUGUUACUGAUAUAACAACAAAUACAAUAGUAAAUCCAUCAACUCCUAUCAGAAAUUUUAUUCCUGUUCAACCAAAUUCAUAUUCUUAUCCUCCAACACCUUCUACAAUACCAUCAACGUCUAGAAUUCGACCAAUGACUUCUCAUGAAACUGAACUUAUUCUUGUACCUGAUCUUGAUAUUGAUGAAAUUCUUGGAGAAGUGCAAUCUGUUAUACCAGAUAUUGAUCUUGAUGCUGCACGUCAAACUAUAACAUCAAUGAAUCCAAUACCAUCAACAAAUGAUAUUGUAACACAUUUUCUUGAUAAUGGUUAUACAAAACAAGUAAAAAAAUCUUUUUCAAAUAAUUCUGAACGACAAUCAUCAUUAAAACGUUCAAUCUCAGAUAUAAUUGAUGAUAUGCCAAAAUUUUUAUCAUCUUAUCCUGAUCCAAUUAAUUAUUUUUUUGAUACAAAACGUAAACAAUCUGAAUCCUAUAUUAAUCAUGCAAAAGCAUUUCUUCUACGUGCAUUUCCAACAAUAGAUAAAACGAUUUUAGAACAAGCUUUAGAAGAAGAAAAUUGGCAUUUUUUACCGACUGUAAGAAAAUUAGAAACACGAGCUGGUAUUCGUACUAAUGCAUUUUUACAAAGAAUGACAAUUAAACGAUCAUUAGAUAUGAUUGAUUUGUCUAUUGAUGGUGUUGGUCGAAAACCAUCUAUAGCAUGGAUAAUUAAAAAUAAUAAAUUUGCUUAUUCAAUUCCACAUACGCCUUGUGAAGAAUUUUACGAUGAACUUCGGUUUGCUAAAAAUGAAGUUAAAAUUCGACGAUAUCUUGGAAAAGUUUCAAAAGAACAUGAAAAACGUGUAAAAAAAGCUAAAAAAGGAAAUGAAACACUUGAAUGUGAAAUAUGUUGUCAAGAAGAUUUAUUAAUUGAUGAUAUGGUUGAAUGUACUGUUGGACAUCUUUAUUGUCGAAAUUGCGUUCGAACACAUAUUGAUAUUUGUUUUAAAGAAGGAAAAUGUCGUUUUGGUUGUGUAGAAAAUUCAUGUCCUGGUGAAUAUACGACAAGACUUGUUAAUGAACUUUUACCACCAAAAGAUUUAAAGAGAUUAAAUAGAAGAAUACAAGAAGAAAAUAUUAGACAAGCUGCAAUUGAUGGUCUUGAAUGUUGUCCUUAUUGCCCAUAUGCAGUUAUUGUUGAUAAUCCAGAUGAUAAAAUAUUUCGUUGUUUAAAUCCUGAAUGUAUGAAAGAAACAUGCAGAUUGUGUAAAGAACCUAAUCAUAUUCCAUUACGAUGUGAUGAAGUAGAAAAAGGUAUAGAACUUGAAAUGCGUAAAUUUAUUGAAGAACAUGUAACAGAAGCAAUGAUACGUAAAUGUCCUCGAUGUUCACAACGUUUUUAUAAAGUUGAAGGUUGUAAUAAAAUGACAUGUUCAUCAUGUGGUCUGUUUAUAUGUUAUGUUUGUCGUGAAACAAUAAAUGGUUAUGAUCAUUUUACAAAUAAUGAAAAAUGUACAUUAUCAAAUCAAAGUGAAAAAAUUCAUUAUGAAGAAAUGGUACAAGAAUAUACAAAUGCAAAAAAUGAAUAUCUUCGUCUUCAUCCAGAAGCUCAUGAUAUGAUUCUUCGUUAUGAUCCAAUAUCACAUCUAAUGAAACCACCUGUUACAACAACAGGUGCUACUUAA